AUGUACCAGCUGGAGAGGCGCGCCAUUUUCUCCAAAAGAUGGCUUCUUCUCACACAUUCCAGUCGGUUCACCAAAACAGGCGACUUCCUCUCAUUCACAGUCGCAAACCUAUCAUUCUUCCUGAUUCAAGAUCGCGAUGGAAACAUCAACGGAUUUCAUAACGUAUGCCGGCAUCGCGCAUUCCCAGUCGUCCAAGCUCAAUCUGGCACCACUUCAAUUCUGAGCUGCAAAUAUCACGGAUGGUCCUAUGGCCUCAAAGGAAACCUCGCAAAAGCACCUCGCUUCGAGACGGUCCCCGAGUUCGACAAAAGUCAACAGGGUCUACUACCCAUCCAUGUCCAUACCGACAAAGCUGGCUUUAUUUGGGUGAAUCUUCAAGCUGGUGAUCCCGACGUAAAGUGGGAAGAAGAAUACGAGCGCAUUGACGAACAACCGAGAAUGCAAGAUUUCGAUUUCGCUGGGGAAUAUACUUUCGACCAUUACUGGGAGAUGGAUGUUGAUGCUAAUUGGAAGGGCUUGAUUGAGAAUUAUAAUGAGUGCUAUCAUUGUGCGACCUCUCAUCCACUUAUUAGUGGUGUGUCGGAUUUACCUCGGUACCGCGUUGAGCCUAAGGCUGGUUAUAUGGAACACCAUAUCUUCAAUAAGGAGAAAAUCGAUACGCAGUUUAAGAGGGCUAUCACUUACUUCUUUCCUACAACGUCUAUUACGGUCACCGAUAAAUUCUUCUAUAUUCAACGAAUGGUUCCACUUACUGCCACCACGAGUAAAGUUGAAAACGAAGUGUAUCGGCAUCGAGACGCUACGGACGAGGAGUUUGAGAAUAUAAAUGCUUUUUAUAGGCAAGUGUUGGACGAGGAUAAGGAGCUUUGUGUUGGGACACAGGAGAAUUUGAAUAGUGGGGUGUUCACCAAUGGUGAGCUUCACCCAAGCAAGGAGAAGGGGCCAAUCCACUUUCAAAACAGCGUACGGGAGAUGCUCAUGGAGCAUCGAAAACAAGAAGAGAAACAAGGAGGCCAAGAGAUAUGGCCUGCUGUCCCUAAAUUUAUUGGCGGAAUGACUGCGAAGCUGGCAGAGGAAGAGCGAUUUUGCUCGAAACUGGAGGCAGCCAGCUGUGUGAGCAGAUCUGAGCUUGCAUGGUAG